UCUCUAAUUAUAAUGCAUCAUAUUCAAUGGUUUCUUGUUUGUAACUGUUCCUUUUCUCAGUUUAGUUUCUUAUAUGUAUGCUUAGGAGAUUUUAAGUGGACCAGUGCAACCGGAGAAGAAGAUGGAUCUCUUCAACAAGUUACCGGACCCUGUUGUUUCUCACAUCUUGUCCUUUCUUCCAACAACUAAGGAGGCUGCUUCCACGUCUGUUCUAGCAAAAAGAUGGCGUAAUCUUUUUGCAUUUGUCCCUAACCUCAAUCUCGAUGGAGAUUCCAAGAGUUUCAUGGAUUUUGUGGAAAGGGUUUUGGCAUUACAAGGUGAUACUCCCAUUAAGGAGUUCUCUUUGAAUGCUAAAACCGGUGUUGAUCCUGAUCGUGUGGAUCGUUGGAUAUGCAACGUGCUGCGACGCGGUGUUACUCACCUUGAUCUAUUCGUGGCGUUUGGCGAGGAAUAUUCUCUGCCUCAUGAGAUAUCUGUUAGCAAGACGUUGGUUGAGCUGAAAACAGGAUAUGGAGUCGAUCUUUACGCGUGGGACGAUGACAUGUUCUUACCAAAUCUUAAGAAUCUUGUUCUUGUCUCAGUUGAGUUUGGUAGAGGUCAGUUUCAGACACUUCUUCCUGCUUGUCCCGUCCUCGAGGGAUUAAUGUUGCUUAAUAUGAGGUGGAGAGAUAGAAACGAGAUCUUGUCGAGUCCAUCACUCAAGAAGCUUAAGAUAUCUGUCGCAGAAGGCUGUAUAGGCACUUUCUCAUUUGAUACGCCGAAUCUUGACUUCUUGGACUACGAUGAUUUUGUUGCCGAGGAUUAUCCAGUGGUUAACAUGCCAAACAUAGUUGAGGCUGGGAUCAAUAUUGAACUAACUCCAUUUAGAGUCCGUGGAGCAAGGGAUAAUCUGGUGAAGCUUAUUCAUGGCAUUCGAAACGUGAAGAUACUUUACUUAACUCCUGUAACUUUCGAGAUACUUUCUCUUUACUGUAAAACGAUGCCGGUUUUCGAAAACCUUACAACUUUGAGUGUUAAGAGUGUUAUGAUUCAAGGAUGGCAAGCAAUGCCAAUUCUUCUAAGGAGCUGUCCACGUUUAGAGAGUCUAUACAUUGGGGAUCUGUUACACUCUAUAACGGAUGCAUGUGGGGAUGUUUGUGUCUGCCUUUCAAAGUGGAUCAAAGGAUUGUCGCUCAAGUCUUGCCAUGUGAAGAAGAUGAGGAUUUCAGGGUUUAGAGGAACAAUAAGAGAGGUGCACAUGAUAAAACAUUUCUUGGAUUAUUUGCCAAGUCUGAAAGAGAUGGAGAUAGUUGUCGAAGAGAAUGAAGAUACAAUGUUUGAUAUUCCUAAAUGGUUAGAUAUUGUGGGGGAGACACUGAUGCACUUCAACGAGACGUCGAGUUGCAAUGUCAUAUUCUGGAUGCAUGCUUUCUUGUACCGGAGAUUGACUCGGAAAUGGAGUCCUCGAGGAUGAAAAGUUGCUCUUGCAAUGUCUUUUGUUAUUUUAUAUUUGUUUGAAGUACUAUUGGAUUCAUGUUCAAGAUGAUACACCAUGGUUGUUUCUCUGCAAUUUUUAAGUUUACUUUUUCACAAUCCUUGCCGUCUGAAGCAAGUAAUUUGCUUUUUUCUCCUAAAAAAAUGGGAAAAUUGCUAAAAGAAAACAAAAAAACAAGGUUGUUGUCCCCUUGGUAUAAAACUAACAUAAAGUUGUCUCAAUAGUAUAAUUUUUCUCAUAAUCCCAAAACUAACCCUAUAUUUAAUCUAAUUAAACACAAUUUAAAAGUUAAUUUGAAUUU